UUUGCCAAGCAGAUUCUUCAUGCUAGUUGGUGUGAGAGAGCUAAAGUACGCUGCCUUUGACAGGGUGAAGGAAGAACAGUGCUCAGACGCUUCACAACAUAACAUCGGUGCAAUGGCUGUUCCUCCUUCAUAUUCAGACCUGGGCAAGACUGCCAAGGACAUAUUCAGCAAGGGCUAUGGCUUCGGCAUUGUGAAGCUGGACCUGAAGACCAAGUCUCAGAGUGGAGUGGAGUUCAACACAUCAGGUUCCAGUAACACAGACACGGGGAAGGCAGCAGGUAACCUGGAGACCAAGUACAAGAUGAAGGAGCUGGGUCUGAGCUUCAACCAGAAGUGGAACACCGACAACACCCUGGCUACAGAGGUCACUGUGGAGGACCAGCUGGCUCAGGGACUCAAGGUGGCCCUGGACACAUCCUUCGUACCAAACACAGGCAAGAAGAGUGGCAAGCUGAAGACUGGCUACAAGCGUGACUUCCUUAAUGUGGGCUGUGAUGUUGACUUCGAGGGUCCCAUAAUCCACGCAGCAGCCGUGGUGGGUUAUGACGGCUGGCUUGCCGGGUACCAGAUGGCCUUCGAUAUGGCCAAGUCCAAACUGGCCCAGAACAACUUUGCCCUGGGAUACAAGGCUGGCGACUUCCAGCUCCACACCAACGUUAAUGAUGGGACUGAGUUUGGAGGUUCUAUCUACCAGAAGGUGGAUGACAAGCUGGAGACGGCGGUCACUCUGGCCUGGACGGCCGGCAGCAACAACACACGCUUCGGCAUCGCAGCCAAAUACGCCCUGGACAAAGACGCUUCCCUGUCUGCCAAAGUGAACAACGCCAGCCUGAUUGGAGUCGGCUACACCCAGACCCUCAGGCCAGGUGUGAAGGUGACUCUGUCAGCCCUGAUCGACGGGAAGAACUUCAACACCGGCGGCCACAAAGUGGGCCUGGGCUUCGAGCUGGAGGCAUAGAGCGGCGGGAACAAGACCCAACAACCAAGAGAAGAGCCCAGAACCAAUCACCCCUCAUUCCCAACCCCACACACCCUACCACAGCCCUUAUCCAAAACCACCAUCCUGUAGACACUCCAUUCCCACCUCUCUCUCACACACCACAGUCCCUUUCCACUCACACACAUUGAGUGUUUUGGCAGUAAUAGUCAAACCUGUGGCCGCCAUGUCCGUCUUGACUAAAGUAGCUGAAAUACACGAAUGAGACCGAGAGAGGCAUUCUGUAAUGUCAUGGCUGUUAUAGUCUAGCCUUUUGGUUUAGUUAGUUAAUUAGUUAGUUAUCUGGUCAUUAGUUAGUUAUACUGGUCAUCUAGUUUGAAAUUGAGUGUUUCAGUCUGAGUGCAUAAAGGCAGGCACUGGGGAUGGAUACCUCCCCUUUUAACUGACGUUGUAUAGAAACACUGUGGCUAAGUUAUUUCUCUUCUGACUGGUUACUGAAGUGACACUAAUAUUUCAGUAGGAGUUUGGAUGAGUAGUCCUCGGGUAAACGUGUCGCUCGUGUGAACUUACAUACGUUUAUAUUCCCCUUCGUAUUUCAUUGUAAACAUGUCUGAAUGAAUAUCGGGUGUAGAACAGAAGGCUUAGUAAGGAUGGAAGCCGGAUGCAGUUGAAGCCCGGUGUUCUCUUGGUUUAAAAAGAAUGCCGUCUGUUUCUUUUGUAUUGGUUUGAGUAUAAAAUGUUUUGGGUGUAUUUUGGUUGUGCUGUGUUGUGGACCAUGGUGCCCGUCAAACCCAGUGUGAUCAUAGGACGUUUGUGAUUUUGGAUGUGCACAACUUCAAUUGUAUGUUUUCAUAUCACGGGGUGUAAACCGUUAGUUUUGGCCACAGGCCUGGUGGAAAGAGGCAUUUUACAGCCAGUUCAGCCAAUUUUCGUUCAAUUCCUGAUUUGACCGAACUGAGAUUUUAAUUGAGCCCAACCCUGAGAGGGAACCAACCAUUUCGCCACCGCUACAGUCUGCUGUUACUGUAACUACACUGAAGAGGGGAGUCUGCAGGAGAGGUUAAGGAAGAUUCUACAUUACCCAUACAGCGCUACAAAACGGAAGGACCUAUUAGGAGUGUUGUCGGCUGAAUGCAGUUCUACAUGUCCCAAAACUCAACAUUUCUUCAUCUCCUUGUCUUUGCUCUGAGGCCACUCUUCUUUAGAGGACAGCUGGUAGGUGAAAGCAAUAUGGUGGGAUCUUCCAGUAGGUGAGAAAAGAUGGCAUUUCUACAGUGUUGCUUAUAUCUAUCUAGUCUUGUUAAGAUCUGUGGUCACAUGACGAGGGAUGUGGAUGUUGUUGCUCAUGCUGUUUUAGACCUACACCCCUUCCUGGCUGUCAUUGGUGCCCUCGGGAGCCAAUCGACACUCCCUGUAUGUCCCACUCUCUGUACAUAGUAUACAUAUUCUCCUCCCCGAGUUUCAACACUCGUACCGUUAGACAACAUUUGAAGGGAGGCUGUUGUGUAGGCUCGGUCCCUCCUUUACCAAGUCAUAAACCAUGAAUCCAUGUAUCUUUGUUUUCUUUCCAUUUUUGUCAUAAUUAUGAAUCUUUUUGAAUUGGUGUGUUCGAGACACAGCACCUCGUUUUUUCCCCCAAAACUCAAGUAAUGGAAUUCUAAUUAAAAAAAACUUGUCCUGAU